AUGGAAGGCGAUUUCUUUCCUUUCUUGAUCAUGGUUAUUGUACAGUUGGGCUAUGCCGGAAUGAACAUCGUAUCAAAGCUUGCCAUGGAUUCCGGCAUGGACCCAUUUAUCCACGUAACUUACCGGCAGAUCUUUGCCACCGUAGCUAUUGCUCCAUUCGCUUAUUUCUUGGAGAGAAAAAAAAGGCCUAAGAUGACACUGCCUAUUUUCUUCCAGAUUUUCUUAUCUUCAAUUUUUGGGGCAACUUUGAACCAAAUUACUUACUUUAUUGGACUGAAAAAUUCUACUCCAACAAUUGCUUGUGCAUUAUCAAAUAUACUCCCAGCAGUAACUUUUCUCCUUGCUGUCUUCUUUCGAUUAGAAAGUGUGGGAAUAAAGAGGAGGCCUGGGCAAGCGAAGGUGUUGGGAACCCUAGUGUGUGUAGGUGGUGCCAUGCUACUGUCAUUCUACCAUGGACCUGUCAUCCCAAUUGGUGAAUCAACCAUACACUGGAAAUAUGCAGAGAAGAUGGCCAACGUUAAUCCUGCCACCCACACCAACUUCAUCUUGGGCCCCCUUCUUCUCAUAGCAAGCUCAGUUUCCUGGGCAGUUUGGUUCAUUGUCCAAGCGAGAAUGAGCACCAAGUAUCCAGCUCCAUACUCAAGUUCUGCGUUGAUGUGUUUAAUGGCCAGCUUUCAAUGUGUGAUUAUCGGCUUUGGGGUUAAGCGUGAGGCAUCUGCAUGGGCAUUGAGUCCUAGCAUCCGAGCUGUUUCAAGUGUUUAUGCUGGUAUUGUUUGUUCUGCAAUGGCAUUUUGCCUUAUGUCUUGGUGUAUCGAAAGGAAAGGUCCUCUCUAUGUCUCAGUGUUCAGCCCCUUGUUGCUUGUCAUUGUUGCUAUCCUCAGUUGGGCUUUACUUCAGGAGAAAUUAUUCGCGAGAAUGAGCACCAAGUAUCCAGCUCCAUACUCAAGUUCUGCGUUGAUGUGUUUAAUGGCCAGCUUUCAAUGUGUGAUUAUCGGCUUUGGGGUUAAGCGUGAGGCAUCUGCAUGGGCAUUGAGUCCUAGCAUCCGAGCUGUUUCAAGUGUUUAUGCUGGUAUUGUUUGUUCUGCAAUGGCAUUUUGCCUUAUGUCUUGGUGUAUCGAAAGGAAAGGUCCUCUCUAUGUCUCAGUGUUCAGCCCCUUGUUGCUUGUCAUUGUUGCUAUCCUCAGUUGGGCUUUACUUCAGGAGAAAUUAUUCGUUGGAACUGUUGUAGGGUCUGUCUUAAUUGUUAUAGGACUAUAUGGAGUUCUCUGGGGAAAGAACAAGGAGAUAGCAUCAACAAGCCAUAUUGAGGAGCCAUAUGACCAAGAGACACAAGACAUGAAGGACGACUUGGAAUUACUGUUUUCUGAGGUUUCAAAGAGGAAUCUUCCUGCUAAGCACUGA